AUGACACAGGACAAGGUCCCCGCGACAGACCCGGCUGUCUAUGCCGAGUAUCAGACCAAGUGGUCUACCCUUCCUGACAAUGCGGACGCCUGGUUGGUCAGAGCACGUGAAGUCGCUGAGGUCCUGGCCCAAGAUGCGGCGCAACGAGAUCAGGAGAACAAGUCUCCCCGUGCCGAAGUGGUGCUACUCAAGCACUCGGGCUUGCUGAAGCUACUUGGGCCUAAGAAGUAUGGCGGUGGCGAGCAGCCCUGGAGUGUUGGAUAUAAGGCAAUUCGUGAAGUUGCGAAAGCAGAUGGAUCUAUCGGUAUGCUGCUAGGUUACCAUCUCCUUUGGUCUACCACCGCAAGCAUCGUCGGCACCCCCGAACAAGCAGAGCGAACUCACGAGUUGAUCCUCUCGAACAACUACUUUGUCGGCGGUGCUGUGAACCCUCGCGACAACGAUCUCAAGAUUACUUCCGAUGGUGACCAUCUCGUAUUCAACGGUUCCAAGCACUUCAAUACUGGAGGUGUGGUAUCCGAUCUCACCGUUCUAGAGGGUGUACUCGAAGGCACCGAGGGCCACAUCUUCGCUCUAGUUCCUACUGAGCAGCCCGGUAUCCAGUUUGCCUACAAUUGGCACAAUAUUGGCUUGCGCUUGACAGAGUCCGGCGGUGUCAAGAUUGAAAAUGUUCGCGUGCCAUGGGCUGAUGCGCUGGGUUGGGAUGAGUCUAGCAAGAAACCUCGUGAGGAUAUCUUGCUCAUUCCUUUUGCCAGCUUGCUGCUGCCAACAAUCCAACUCGUCUUCAGUAACUUCUACCUGGGCAUUGCCAUCGGCGCAUUGGAGUUUGCUGCAAAGUAUACUACAACCUCGACUCGAGCUUGGCCCUUUGGAGGCGACAACAAGGACUCUCCGACAGACGAGUUCUACAUCCUGGAGCGCUACGGAAACUUCUUCGCGCAUCUGCGAGCCACUGAGGCUCUAGCUGAUCGUGCUGGCGACCAGCUCACCGCGCUCUAUGAUCGAUACUCGACCGACCGAUCGGGUCUCACUGCGGACGAGCGAGGUGAGGUUGCGGAAUGGAUUGCUAGCGUCAAGGUGGUCACCACGGACGUUGGGCUUCGAGUUACGUCGGGGAUCUUCGAGGUGACCGGGGCACGGGCUACUGCAUUGAAGGUCGGCUUGGAUCGAUUCUGGCGCGACAUCCGCACUCAUACUCUCCAUGAUCCGGUGGCGUAUAAGAACCGAGAACUUGGGCGGUUCGUGCUCCUGCAGGAAUACCCCGCCCCAACGUGGUAUACGUAG